CACGUCCACCCACACUCAUUAGACAUGUCAACCGACAAGGCAGCCCGUCGCGCGCGUUUUGAAGGAGCCUGGAAGGUCAUCAAGCAGGAAUUACUCGACUACAUCACCGGCGAGGGUAUGCCCAAGGAUGCGAUUGAGUGGUACGAGAGGAAUCUCGACUACAACGUUCCUGGAGGCAAGCUGAACCGGGGCAUGUCCGUCGUCGACACCGCCGAGAUCAUCAAGGGCACUCCGCUGACGGACGACGAGUACCUAAAGGCUGCGGUGCUCGGAUGGGGUAUCGAGCUCCUCCAAGCCUUCUUCCUCGUCUCGGACGACAUGAUGGACUCGUCGAUCACGCGCCGCGGCCAGCCCUGCUGGUAUCGCGUCCCCAAAGUGGGCCACAUCGCCAUCAACGACUCGUUCAUGCUCGAAGCCGCCAUAUAUUACCUCCUCAAGAAGCAUUUCCGCGGGGAGAGCUACUAUGUCGACCUCCUGGAGCUUUUCCUGGAGACGACGUUCCAGACGGAGAUGGGCCAGCUUAUUGAUUUGAUCACUGCCCCGGAGGACGAAGUUGAUUUGAGCAAAUUUUCCUUGAAAAAGCACUCACUUAUCGUGAUCUACAAAACCGCAUACUACUCGUUCUACCUCCCUGUCGCGCUCGCCAUGUACAUGUCCCAUGUCCCGCAAUCAUACCCCUCCUCCUCCUCCGGAACCAUCAUCGAGCCCUACGCGCUCGCCAAGUCCAUCCUCAUCCCCCUCGGCGAGUACUUCCAGAUCCAAGACGACUUUCUCGACUUUUCGGGGACGCCCGAGCAGAUCGGGAAAAUCGGCACGGAUAUCCUCGAUAACAAGUGUUCGUGGUGCGUGAACACCGCGCUGGCGGUGUGUACGCCCGAGCAGCGGCAGGUCCUCGAUGAGAAUUACGGGAGGAAGGAUUCCGAGUGCGAGAGGAGGGUGAAGGCUGUGUUUGAGAGUCCCGAGGUGGAUUUGAGGAGGAGGUAUGGGGUGUAUGAGGAGAAGGUGUAUGGGGAGCUUGUUGCGAUGAUUGGGGAGAUUCCGGAGGUGGAGGGGAAGAGUACGUUGAAGAGGGAGGUCUUUAAGAGUUUCCUGGAUAAGAUUUAUAAGAGGAGCAAGUAGGGGAUCUGGUGGGGGUGUAAGAUUAGCUGCAUCUUUAGAUGUUAUGGAG